UAUUUCAAUUACCGAUAUAUUAUGGUUUCGUUCCUAAUUAGGUUUAUUUACCAAUCAGUAAAUCAGGUUUCUUUGGACCGUUGACUUUAACAUAUGGCGUGAUUGCGCGCGAGAAGGCGGAAUAAAGUUACCUAAUUCAAAACGAUCUGUGAGAAUUUGGACGUUAGCGCUACUUUUAAGGUGCCUGCGCAGAACACAGUUGAUAUUUAAGAUGCACUACUUUAACGUGCUCAUAUGUGUCUUUUGCGUAGUUGGUGCACAUCCCAAUCAAACUGCCUGUUUUACGGAUGAACUAAUCCUGUUGAAUGUGCUCUUUAGACAUGGAGAUCGCACACCAGACGCAGUGGAGAUGUAUCCAAAUGAUCCCUAUAACGAUGAAUCUUUCUUUGUAGAAGGUUUUGGCCAACUUACUAAAAAAGGAAAAAAUAGAGAAUACCAUAUUGGUAGAAGUCUCCGGCAAAUGUAUGGGGAAUUUUUAGGUCUUUACAAAACCAACGAGGUAUCGGCUACCACAACUGAUUAUAUACGUACUAAAAUGUCUUGUUUACUAGUACUGGCAGGUUUAUAUCCACCAUCAGGGAAGGAAGUGUGGAGGGAUGACCUAAGUUGGCAGCCUGUUGCUUAUAGCUAUAAUCCAGCUGGUAAAGACUAUCUCUUGGGUGAUCCUUUUUUUGAUUGUCCGAAUUAUAGACCACUGUAUGAAGAACAUUUGCGGUCGAAGCAGGCCGUUGCUUUAAUAAAUAGUCGAAAACCUCUCUAUGAGUUUUUAUCUCUACAUACUGGGAUGACUAUGACGGUACCCAGAGACCCGUAUUAUUUACAAUUGGUCCUCACUUCAGAAGAAAACAUUGGGCUGAAACUACCAGGGUGGACUAAAAACGUUUGGCCUGGAAAUAUUACGGACGCCGGAGUUGAUGAAUAUUACGUUAAUCUAGCUACACCUAAAAUGCAAAGGCUUGCAGGAGGUGUAUUUGUUAAGAAAUUACUGGAUGACAUUGAGAACAAGAUAAGAAAUAGGCAAAAUCCUAUGAAAAUCUACUUGUACUCAGCUCACGAGUACAAUUUGGCUUAUCAACUAAUUUUUAUGGACGUUUUUGACAUGAAGUUUCCUCCUUAUGGUUCUUACAUUGUCUACGAAGUACGUAGAGUUAAUAAAGUAUACGGAGUUAAGAUAAGGUACGAAGAUUACUCCAAGAAGGAUGGGCCUAGGUAUUUAAAGAUACCGCACUGUGGCGUUUUCUGUCCCUUAAGUAAAUUUAUUAAAAUGUUGCAAAAAUAUGUUCCAUUGCUGGAAGAUGUGUGCACUAGCUGAAGCUUAUAGAAAAUUUUUGUAAUGUGGGUGCGAUAGAUAGUUUUCUAGAGAAUGUUUAAAUUCAAAAUAAUAAAUACCGCAAUGGUUUGCGUGA